AACAGGAACAAUGGCUACAGGGAGUGUUCCCUCCCAAAUCAUAGAAAAAGAAAGAAAAAAGUUACUAGAAAUCCUACAACAGGAUCCCGAUUGUAUCUUAGAUACCUUAACCUCUCGGAAGCUGAUUUCUGAGGAAGAGUAUGAGAUUCUGGAGAAUAUUACAGAUCCCCUGAAGAAAAGUCGGAAGCUGUUGAUUUUGGUACAGAAAAAGGGAGAAGUGAGCUGUCAGCUUUUUCUCAACUGUUUGUUUAAUACUUUUUCCCAGUCAGCUACCAUUUGCAACUUAAAUCAAGAAAUUUUGAAACAUGAAUAUAGAGAGCCACCUCCACCAAUAGGAGCAAGCAAGGAAGAUGUUUUCCUUCCUGGAGAAAAACAGCCUGAGAACCCUGAGAUCACCACGUCCUUCAAAGAGAAAGAGGGCUUGGAUUUAGAAACCUCUGAGCCUUCCACAGACAAGGAAACUGGUUAUCAGGAAACGGCUUGGUCCUCAAAGGAAAAUGAGAAGGAAGACAACACAUCAAAAUUCACAUCGCCACAGUCAGUUGAGAUCACUGAGUAUGAAUUUCCAGCAACUAUUGAGUAUUUACAGGAUAGACAGAGAUACGAGGAGCCAGAUGAUUCUUUAUACUUAGGACAAGAGGACUAUUUAGAAUCUGUGGGGUACUCUGAAGAUGCAAACAUCAUCCUGGAAGAAGAGGCUUACAGUGACCCAGAGGGCAGUAUCUAUGAUGGCAGAGAGGACUCUGUGUACCUCGGAACCACGGAGUUCUCUGAUGAAGAACAGAAUUAUGAGGAUCCAGAAACUGGCAUGUCUUUGGAGGAGGAAGAAGAGAAGAGUAUGGAAGAAAGAAAAAAUGUGUUUAAAGAUGUCCUGUCCUGUUUGAACCUGGACACAAGCAGAAAGCUUCGGUCAGACUUCGUGAAACAAUUCUCCUUAGACCGAGGAUGUACGUGGGUGCCUGAGACUCCGAGUGACUUGGCUUGGAACUUCCUGAUGAAAGUUCAAGCACUGGAUGUGACAGCCAGAGAUUCAGUCCUCAGACCCAAGGUUCUGGGUGAAGAGAGCAAAGGGGAAUUGCUGACUGGAGUAGAGAACUUGGAAAUUAGAGAAACAGAAACCAUUAAUCCCCUGGAUGUCCUUUGUGCCUCUUUGCUGUCUUCAGACAGCUCUUUGCAACGUGAAGUCAUGUCAAACAUGUAUCAUUGCUGGUUUGCUCUUCCCCUGCUACUGCCAGAUGCAGAAAACAACAGAAGCAUUUUAAUGUUAGGGGCCAUGAAGGACAUUGUGAAGGAGCAGUCAACACAGUCUUCAGGAGGGCCUACAGGGGAUACAGAAAAGCUUCUGACUCUCAUGAAGAUGCCUGUCAUCUCUUUUGUGCGUCUAGGAUACUGUAGCUUUUCCAAGUCCAGAAUCCUCAAUGCCCUGCUCAGCCCUGCCCAUCUGAAAUCACACAAAAUCUUUCUUCAUCAGGACUUGCCUGUUCAGGUGCUUCCCCGGCAGAUCUCUGAUGGCCUGGUGGAGAUAACAUGGUGUUUUCCUGAUAGCAGCAGUUUAAGUGAAAACCCCAGUUUCCCCCAGAAGCCUGUUGCUGUGGCCAACCUUCGUGGAGAUCUAGAAAGUUUUUGGACACAGUUUGGUUUCUUGAUGGAGGUUUCCUCAGCUGUGUUUUUUUUCACUGACUGCCUAGGUGAGAAGGAAUGGGACUUGCUAAUGUUUUUAGGAGAAGCUGCCAUUGAAAGAUGCUACUUUGUCCUCAGUCCCCAGGCCAGGGAGAGUGAAGAGGCUCAGGUUUUCCAGAGGGUCUUGAAGUUGAAGCCAUCACAGCUACUGUUUUGGGAGGAGGAGGAAGCGGGGCAGAGAGGAAGGAACAUGGAGGGUCUUCAAGCCGCCCUCCAAGAAGUGAUGUCCUCUUCACUCAGAUGUGUGUCUGUGGAAGACAUGGCCCCCCUGGCCAGAGAGUUGGGGAUACAGGUAGACCAAGACUUUGAGAACAUUCAAGGGAUUCAAGUUUCCCCUAGUGAUAACUUGACUGGAACAGCUGAAGAUGAGGGAUCACAAAGACACAGUCAGUCAGAAAACUCAUCUGAAAGCCCUGCUAAGAUGUCUGAGACUAGUUGUCAGAUCAGCCCAAAUCAUCAGAAUUUCCAUCUCACUCCAGUAUUCAUUCCUCCUCUGAGAAACUUCCGUCCUUUACCAGCCAGAGUUGGAGGUAACUUUAACCGUGGUUCUUUGAAAGCCCCUUGGGCUAUGGGCUCCCGCUUUUGGUUACAGCAGAGCCCUAAGAGUUUCCAUCCUUGGCCCUUUCAGAAUACAAGGGCACAUAGUCCAGGCAAACGUUUUGGAAUUCAGUAUUUCCAGCCCCAGAGAUAUUAUUCAGGUGAAACAUUUAUGAGAUUCUCAGGACCUCCUUGGAGACAUCACAUGGGUAGAACUUUUGGGAGACCACCAAGACCCAUUUCUCAGCAUAUACCGGCCUGGCCUCAGAGACCACAGAUGAUGGGAACCCUUGAAAGGUCUGGGAAAGUGGACUCCCAGGGAAGUCACCUCCAUUCCCUGGGUUCACGGCCAGCAGGAGCAGUUGGGAAGCCUGGGCAAGUCAGUGCCUGGGGAACAAGGCCAACAGAGACAGUUAGAACAUUCAUGAGAACAAAACCCCAUAUUGUAAAUCCUCACCAUCAAGCCUUUCAAGCAGCAGGAGCCACACAAAAACCAAGAAGGAUUGCCUCUCAGCAAGGAGCUAAGCUGAAGACACAAGGUGGGCCUUCAAAUCCAUCUUUCCAAAUGGAAUUCCAUCCUAUGUCCCACAGCAUGUAUUUGCCCAGCUCUCAAUUAAAAUCAAAUCAGCCCAAGUCACCCAAGGUCAAGCAGUCCCAACCCAAACCCUCCCAACCUGUGCCCUUUCAGCCCAAACCCACUCAAACCAAACCCACUCAGCACCAGGCCCCCCGAGCUGAAAGUUCUCCAUCCAAACCCACUCAGCCCAAGCCAUGCCAGCCCCAGUCCUCCCAAUCUAAACCUUCUCAGCCCAGACCUACUCAACACAAGUCAUCUCAUACUGGUCCUUCACAGGCUAAGGCAUAUUACCCAAGAGCAGGGCCCAAGAAGGGAGGGAAGCAUUAAAAUGUUUACUCUAGGGACCUGUGAAAUAUGUCCUUUGCCCAGGCCUUUCCUAUCACAUGUAGGGUAACCUGAAGGAGAGUGGCAGUGAUGGUAAAAAUGUACUAUCACUAACAUGACACAGGAAACAAGAUACAGACAGUGUAACUGGAUAUUAUAAAAAUAUCUAUGAGAAUUAUGUCCCUAGAGAAAAGGAAAUUAUGAAAAGAAUAAAAGAUAGAAUUAAGCAGUAAAUAAAUAAAUUGAAUACAACCUUGAAUAUUUGGUAAUAUAUAACUUGAAUCCCUGGUAGCUUAGCUGGUAAAGAAUUCAGACUCUGGUUCAAUUUCUGGGUCGGGAAGAGCCCCUGGAGAAGGAAUAGGCUACCUACUCCAGUAUUCUUUGGCUUCCCUGGUGGCUCAGACAGUGAAGAAUCUGCCUGCAAUGCAGGAGACCUGUGUUCAAUCCCUGGGUUGGGAAGACCCCCUGGAGGAUGGCAUGGCAACCCACUCCAGUAUUCUUGCCUGGGGAAUCCCCAUGGACAGAGGAGCCUGGCAGACUAUACAGUCCAUGGGGUUGCAAAGAGUCAGACAUGACUAAGCGAUUAAGCAUGCACAACUUGAACCUAGGGGAUAGAGGCUAUAAAACUAUUUCACUUGGGAAAAGUAAGGAUGAAGCCUUUAAUUUCAAGGUGACCAUAAAACAGGGUACAAAUAGCCUCAGUGUUGCAAGAAAAACUAUUCUAGGUGUUGGCUGCUCUAGAGAUGUUUUGGUCAAAAAUUUUAUGUUUGAUAUCAGUCACUAAGCAGAUAAUCCUGUUUGUUUGGAAUUUUUAAAUCAAUUUGCUUGUAAUAAUAGCCCCAAAUUGCUUGGAUGAUAAAGCUUAUUUGCCUCUUACAUAUAGAAAUAAUGAACUAACAACCAAUAAAGUAAUUAUUUUGCCUAAA